AUGAGAGUGGCCAGCACCAUUCAAUACAUCUUCCACCUCCCCUACCUGACCAAACGUACAGAACGUUCCAUCUGGAAGGGUAAAGGGAUCGACGAUUCCCCCUCUAUUGAAGUCACAGUGCAUUGCCACGAUGACGACUCCCAAUCAACCGGGUCCGAGAUGGCGGUGAACGCAAGCGAGUUGGACCUGCAUCAUGGCGGCAGCAGCAACAGCAGCGGCAGCCGAUCUCGAUUGGUACGGGUUGUAAGCUGGGCCAGCAUUGUCUGUGACAAAUGCCGAUGGACACCAGAGCAAGAGCGUGAAUUGGCUAUUGCACAGAGCGAGCUGGGGAGGUGUCAGAAAGCCUGGAGUUCGGAGCAAGAGUUGUGGCUAUCCCAUGCUUGGAAUAGACGGCGGUCCUCUGAGGAGCAGCCCGUCGACGCUAAUGCCCAUCGGGCUAGUAGCAAAGUGCGACGCUUUCGGAAAAGGCAUACUGGUGAUUUCUACUGA